GCAUCCGGAGUCUCAUUGUCACAUUCACACAGAGACACUGGACUGAGACCGACCACAAUGUCUAAUAUUGCAAAAGUGCUUUCCAGGAGACAGGACAGAGGAGAAGGGCUGGGGACAAAUGAGAAGGCCAUUCCCUACAACAAGCAGGACUACCAAAGCCUGAAGCAGGAAUGUCUGGCUAAAAGAGCCUUGUUUUGUGACCCAACUUUCCCCGCUGAAUCUGACUCUCUGGGGUACAAUGAACUGGGACGAUACUCCUUUAAAACCAAAGGAGUGCAGUGGAAGAGACCCAAGGAGCUGUGCUCAAACCCUGAGUUCAUCAUGGACGGGGCCAAUCGGACAGACAUCUGCCAGGGAGCUUUAGGAGACUGUUGGCUUUUGGCGGCCAUUGCGUCUCUGACUCUGGAUAAGGAAAUCCUGGAACGUGUAGUUCCAUCAGGACAGAGUUUUACAGAGGAUUACGCUGGCAUCUUUCACUUUCAGUUUUGGCAGUAUGGCGAAUGGGUGGAUGUGGUCAUUGAUGACCGGCUGCCGACCAGAGAUGGGAAGCUGCUGUUUGUGCACUCAGCCGAAGGCUCUGAGUUCUGGAGCGCUCUGUUGGAAAAAGCCUAUGCAAAGGUAAAUGGCUCAUAUGAAGCGCUGACAGGAGGUUCAACCACUGAGGGAUUUGAGGAUUUCACUGGAGGAAUCACUGAGAACUAUGAGCUGAGCAAAGCUCCUCCCAAUCUGUUCAAGCUCGUACAGAAAGCACUGGCGCUGGGAUCAUUGCUGGGCUGCUCUAUUGACAUUACCAAUUCAUAUGAGACUGAGGCAGUGACGAGUCUGAAGCUGGUGAAGGGACAUGCAUACUCAGUCACGGCUGCAGAGGAGGUUCACUUCAGAGGCAGUCUGGUUCAGCUGGUGCGAAUCAGGAACCCGUGGGGUGAGGUGGAGUGGACGGGGGCCUGGAGCGACAAUUCCAAAGAGUGGGACAGUGUCCGACCAGAAGAGAAAGCUAAACUGGAUUAUUCAGCUGAAGAUGGAGAGUUCUGGAUGGCGUAUUCUGACUUCAUACAGCAGUUCUCCAAGUUGGAGAUCUGUAAUCUGACUCCUGACACUCUUUCGAGUGAAGAAGUGAAUCGCUGGAGCUACAGUCAGUUUGAAGGCAACUGGAGGGUGGGCUCCACUGCGGGAGGCUGCAGGAACAACCCUGCAACGUUCUGCUCAAACCCUCAGUUUAUGAUCAAGCUGGAGGAAAUAGAUGAUGAUCCUCAUGACGGAGUGAACGGCUGCACAUUCCUAGUGGGUUUGAUACAGAAAGAUGGUCGUAAAGACAAGCGCUUUGGACGAGACCUAAACACCAUCGGCUUUGCCAUCUAUAAGGUUCCGGAUGAGUUAAAGGGUCGCAGCAAUAUUCAUCUGGGCCCUGAUGUCCUGCUGCGUCAGCGUUCAGUUGCUGGGAGCAACACCUUCAUCAACCUGCGAGAGGUGAGCGAGCGCUUCAAACUGCCUCCGGGAGAAUACAUCAUCAUCCCCUCCACCUUUGAACCGCACCGCAAAGGAAGUUUCAUUCUGCGGGUGUUCGCAGAAAAAGAGGCAGAUGCUAGCCAGAUUGGUACAGAGAUCAGUGCAGAUGUGAAAAAGCAUUUCAUAUCUGAGAAAGAUAUAGACCCACAUUUCAAACGCCUCUUCAGUCAGGUUGCUGGAAGCGACUCUGAGGUCUCUGUAUUGGAGCUCCAGCAGAUCCUGAACACCGUUGUCUCGAAACGUAAAUCUAAUGUGAAGACAGACGGAUUCAGUUUGGAAACCUGCCGUCACAUUAUCAGCCUGCUAGAUAAAGAUGGCAGUGGCAAACUCGGCCUUCUGGAGUUUCACACACUGUGGAUGAAGAUCCAGAAAUAUUUGGAAAUUUUUAAGCACCGCGAUACAGACAACUCAGGUACCAUGAGUUCUCUUGAGAUGCGAGAUGCGGUAAAAGAAGCAGGGUUCCAGCUGAACAAUGAUGUACUCGAGGUGCUGAUCGCACGAUAUGCCAACCAGGAAUACGCCAUUGACUUUGAUAGCUUCGUCAGCUGCCUGAUCCGCCUCGAGCUGCUCUUCAAAAUGUUUCAACUGUUCGAUAAGAAGAACACAGGGAAAAUCGAACUGGAUAUCCUGCAGUGGCUCUGCCUGGCCCUCAGUUGAUAAUUCACUUACAGUAACAGCACUAGACGUCCUUUUAUUUCCUGCAAUUAAACUGAGGAGGACACAGCAGACCUGGAUGAAGACCAAAGAUGAAUCUAUUUAUCUAAACCUUGAAUUGGAUUCAAAAUGCAAUUUUGCUUAUGGUGCUCAUCUGCUGAAAAUAAAACCUUCUACUACAAGAAUUAAAAA